AUGGUUUCAUUAACAAAAACAUUCUGGCUGAUAUUCUUCUUAGAAUAUGUUAGCGUGUUAACAGAUCUUCCGGAACCUUUCAUAACUACGUCACUGAUCUGUUCUACUUAUCAAAAAAUAAAUGGACGUGAAACUAAACGUCAUAUGGAUGACUGCAUGUUUGGCAAUACUUGUUGCUAUUCAACCGAAUAUAUUAAUACAAAAACCAAAAGGGAAGUUGAAUCAGGCGGUUGUGAAGACGAGUAUCGUUUUAUGAUAGGAACGCAUCCGAUCUUUGGCAGUUUGCUUCCUGUCACUACGAGUUACAUUUGCGAAGCUGGUACGUGUAUAGAACAAACCACGUCAGAUGGAGUAGCACGCUUAUGCGCUUGCAAUGAAAAUAAUUGCAAUGAGAAAGGUAUCAAUGAUGUUAUCAGAAAUUACCGAGAACGAGUUCGGAAAGGACUUGUAAAGAGACCUCCCGAUUAUGGCAAAAUUCUGGAGCAAACCAUGCAAAUUCUUUUGGACGGAUAA